GUUUGCGGCGAACGAGCGCUGUGUUUGAAGAUUAUUAUUUUAUCAUGAGUAUUUCUUAGAAAAAAUCCAUUCCCACCGUUGGUUCCUCAUAACGUUCUUUAACGAUGGGUUUAGUUGAUAGCUUUACUCAAUAGUGCGUACGUAAACACAUUCCUCUAGCCACGAUGGCGGCUGGAAAAAGUGAAGUGAUUUAUGUCGGCGACAAAGAUUCGAAUCAGAAAUCACGCACCACUGGUGGAGAUGAAUCUCCGGAGCGGCAGAUCAAGAUUUUAUUCUUCGAUCUUACACACUACAAUCGCACAACCCAGUUUCUACUAUGCUGCGCUGGUGUAUUCGCUUUGUACCUCGUGUACGGCUACAUGCAGGAACUGAUAUUCACGCUGGAUGGAUUCCGCCCGUACGGGUGGUUCCUGACGCUUAUUCAGUUCGCAUAUUACACCGCCUUCGGUUACAUAGAAAGAUCGAUUGAACGGACGACCGCUCAACGGUGCAUUCCGAUGCGAACGUAUGCGUUGCUGGCUUUUCUGACGCUCGGAACGAUGGGUCUAUCCAACUCGAGUGUUGGCUAUCUUAAUUAUCCAACGCAAGUCAUCUUCAAGUGCUGCAAACUGAUUCCGGUACUGAUCGGCAGCGUGUUGAUACAGGGCAAGCGUCACGGGCCGAUGGACUUCUUCGCCGCGUUCGCCAUGUGCCUCGGGCUGAUCCUUUUCACGCUGGCCGACUCUCAGAUGCAACCCGAUUUCGACACUUUCGGCGUAUUUCUCAUAUCGAUGGCCCUGCUUUGCGACGCGGCUAUCGGCAACGUUCAAGAGAAGGCAAUGCGAGAAUACCGCGCUCCUAACAACGAGGUGGUCAUCUUCUCGUACGGCAUAGGAUUCGUGUACCUAGCAGUUAUCAUGCUGCUAUCGGGCCAUCUCUACAAGGGCGUCGUAUUCUGUGCCCAGCACCCUAUGGAGACGUACGGAUACGGAUUCCUGUUCAGUCUUACCGGCUAUCUGGGAAUACAGAUCGUACUAACGUUAGUACGGACGUGUGGAGCGCCACUGGCUGCUACAGUCACCACUGCUCGGAAAGCAGUCACAAUAGCGUUAUCAUUUGUCUUCUUCAGCAAACCAUUCACGAUGCAAUACCUAUGGUCCGGACUGAUAGUCGUGUUCGGCAUCUAUCUGAAUGUGUACAGCAAACGCAGUAAGCUUACGUUUACCGAUCUGGGACGGAUGGCCAGCACACUCUACCGGCGAGUGCUCCGAUUCCCGGUCCGCAGCGAAAGUAGAAAGUCGCUGUUGGAAGUGUGAUUAUUCGCUUCGUUACGAAGCAGUUGCGCAUAAAAAGUAAUUCAACGAAAAAGAUGCUUUAAGUAGUGAACAAGGACACGUUUAGUGGCACGCUGUGCGUAAGGGUAAAAGAAGGAAUAAAAUAAGCAAUACUUUCACAAUUUAAAAUCGGUGACCAAAGGUUUCGGAGUAGCUUGAAGUUG